AUGAGAUCCCUCACAGAAGAAGAAACACGGACGCUCUUCACAAAGCUAGCUUCCUAUACUGGCCGCAGUCUCAAUUCUCUUAUCACCCCGGCCGAAGAUGGAACUAUGAGUGUUUUCCGCUUGCAAGGAUCCCGGGUCUACUACGUGAACAAGGAGAUCGCCAAUCUGAGUGUUUCUUUUCCUCGCGACGAACUGCUCAGCAUGGGCACUAUGGUCGGCAAAUUUACUAAGACGGGCAAGUUCCGCAUCAACUUGACAGCUCUGGAUCUUCUGGCGCAACACGCCCGGUACAAGGUCUGGAUCAAAGCAAAUGGAGUGAUGCCUCUACUCUAUGGCGGCUCAGUUCUAAAAGCCCACGUGGCUCGCUUUUCAGAAGAUUGCCCCGAAAACGCUGGCGUUGUAAUUUAUGAUCAGAAUGACACUGCCCUGGGGUUCGGAGUUACAGCACGGUCAUCCGCGCAGAUCGCAAAAUUGGAUCCUACCAGUAUCGCGGUCCAUCGUCAGGCCGACGCGGGAGAGUACCUCAGAGAGGAGGAUACGUUGUUCACAACCUAA